UUCUGUGGUGACGUCAUUUUACCGUCUCUAGUCUAGUCUGGAUUUUUCGGGAAAACAUUGAACAUCUCCGAAUGCGUGGAUUAUCUGGGUUUCUUUCCGCUGUUUUAUCUUGCUUUUCCCUAGAAAAAGAUCCUCAAGCUGGUUUUUCAUUCUACCCUUUAGUAUAAAACGACUAGCCAAAUAUCAUAGCUACGAAAAUUUCCCAAGAGAUGGGCAAGAAUUAUUACGACAUUUUGGGAGUAAAGAAAGAUGCGAGCGACCAGGAGCUGAAGAAAGCGUACAAAAAGCAAGCAUUCAAAUACCACCCCGAUAAAAACAAAGACCCUGGAGCCGAGGAGAAGUUCAAGGAAAUCGCAGAAGCUUACGAGGUUCUUAGUGAUCCCCAGAAACGAGAGAUAUUUGAUCAAUAUGGGGAAGGUUUGAAAGGUGGCGUACCACCUCCAGGAGCUGGAGGCGCCGAUGGAUUUCAAAUGCCAGAAGGGUUUACAUAUUUCCAGUUUCACGGGGAUCCGCGAGCAACUUUUUCUCGCGUGUUUGGAGACGAAGACCCUUUUAAAGACUUCAUGGAUACUGCAUUUCGGGGGAAUAUGCCAUUUGGUUUCAGUCAAUCGAAUGUUACCUCUGGUCCCAGCUACUCCAGACAGCGAUCUUCGUCCUAUGAAGAUAUCCCAGGGUUCUUUUCCCAGCGUCAAAGAAUGCAAGAUCCACCCGUUGAAAAAGAGCUCUUUGUUUCACUUGAAGAGCUACUGACAGGCACAACCAAAAAGCUGAAGAUCAUAAAAAGAGUGUUAAACUCUAAUGGUCAUGGCACUCGUUCUGAGGAAAAAAUCUUAACAGUAAAUGUGAAGAAAGGCUGGAAGGCUGGAACCAGAAUCACAUUCCCAAAAGAAGGUGACCAGAAACCUGGAAGAAUUCCAGCAGAUAUUGUCUUCACCAUUAAAGACAAGAAGCAUGAGCAUUUUACUAGAGAUAAUGAUAAUAAUAUCCUUUACACUGUUAAGAUUUCCUUGAGGGAUGCGUUAACAGGGUAUUCGUCUAACAUAACAGUACCUGUUCCUACUCUAGAUCAUAGAGUAGUAAAUGUGCCUUUAAAUGAUAUUGUGAAGCCAGGAAGCAAGAAGAGAAUUAAAGGGGAGGGGCUUCCUCUGCCAAAAAUUCCUGGACAAAGGAUGGACAUGCUUGUCACAUUUGAAGUGGUGUUCCCUUCACGUCUGGCUCCAGCAAAUGUAGAUGCUCUGCGUAACAUAUUGCCACCUUAACUACAGUUAUAAAUAUCAAUAUUUAAGUACCAAAAUGAUAACAGCACAUUGGUAACAAUUUCGUGGGCCUCUUAAUGGUUAUAGUUAUGUGUUUCUUGUUAAUGUUCAAAAUGCUAUCCAACUUUAUUAAAUAAUUUAAAGGGUAAGUAGAUUGUUUAGUGAACAGGACCUUUCACAUGUUUGAAUUGUGUCUUGUUGUGGAUUAAGAGUUUUAGUUUUAUCAGUACCUUUUGAACUGUGUUGUGCUUUAUCAUUGGUUAUGAGCCUAUGGUUUUAUUUGCCAAAUGUCUGGACAUGUUGAACCAGUAAUACGUUGUAGUUUUAUUUGCAAUUGUGUGGAAAUCAAACUCUGAGUUGUAGAGUUAUUGUUAUGUAUUGUCUAAAAUUACUGUUCCCUAUCUUAUAGAUUCUACAAUCUCUACAGUAUCAUAAACCUCAGACCUGUCUUUUCUUGUCAGCAUGUGUUUUUCUCUUCAGAUUAAAAAGGGGAAUGGUCUUAAAUUGUAUUGUAUAGGUUAUUAUUUAAGUUAAUAUAUACCAGAUUAUAAAGUAGCAUUUGCUGAAGUAAAGUAUUUAUUGGUUAUAA